CAGGAGAUGGAGAAAGCAAGUGGAAGACAGUCCAUUGCUCUGUCAACAGUGGAGACUGGCACAGAGAACCCGGGGCUGGAGCUCACGGAAAAAGAAGUAGAGCCUGAGGGAAGCAAGAGGACUGACGCACAAGGACACAGCCUGGGGGAUGGACUGGGCCCUUCCCCUCACCAGAGGAGGAGUCAGUGGCCUUUCGGCAAAGCAAGAAGUUUCUGCAAAACACACGCCGGCUUGUUCAAGAAGAUCCUGUUGGGCCUGUUGUGUUUGGCCUAUGCUGCCUAUUUCCUGGCAGCUUGCAUCUUGAAUUUCCAGAGGGCACUGGCCUUGUUUGUCAUCACCGGGUUGGUGAUCUUUGUCCUGGUUCACUCCUUUCUGAAAAAGCUCCUGGGCAAAAAAUUAACAAGAUGUCUGAAGCCCUUUGAAAACUCCCGCCUGAGGCUUUGGAUGAAAUGGGUGUUUGCAGGAGUCUCCUUGGUUGGCCUUAUACUGUGGUUGGCUUUAGACACAGCCCAAAGGCCAGAGCAGCUGAUCCCCUUUGCAGGAAUCUGCAUGUUCAUCCUCAUCCUCUUUGCCUGCUCCAAACACCACAGUGCAGUGUCCUGGAGGACAGUGUUUUGGGGCCUAGGUCUUCAGUUCGUCUUUGGGAUCUUGGUCAUCAGAACUGAUCUUGGAUAUAGUGCAUUUCAGUGGCUGGGACAGCAGGUCCAGAUUUUCCUGAACUACACUGUGGCCGGCUCCAGUUUUGUCUUUGGGGAUACACUGGUCAAGGAUGUCUUCGCUUUUCAGUCCUUACCAAUCAUCAUUUUCUUUGGAUGUGUGAUGUCCAUUCUCUACUACCUGGGCCUUGUGCAAUGGGUAGUUCAGAAGGUCGCCUGGUUUUUACAAAUCACUAUGGGCACCACCGCUACAGAGACCCUGGCUGUGGCAGGAAACAUCUUUGUGGGUAUGACAGAGGCACCUCUGCUCAUCCGUCCCUACCUUGGGGACAUGACACUCUCUGAAAUCCAUGCGGUGAUGACUGGAGGGUUUGCCACCAUUUCUGGCACUGUGCUGGGAGCCUUCAUAUCCUUUGGGGUUGAUGCAUCAUCCCUGAUUUCCGCCUCUGUGAUGGCCGCCCCUUGUGCUCUCGCCUUAUCAAAGCUAGCAUAUCCAGAAGUGGAGGAGUCCAAGUUCGAGAGUGAGGAGGGGGUAAAGCUGCCCCGUGGGAAGGAGAGGAAUGUCCUGGAAGCUGCCAGCAACGGAGCCACAGAUGCCAUAAGCCUUGCUACUAAUGUAGCAGCCAACCUGAUUGCCUUUUUGGCUGUGUUGGCCUUCAUCAAUGCUGCCCUCUCCUGGCUGGGGGAAUUGGUGGACAUACAGGGGCUCACCUUCCAGGUCAUCUGCUCCUAUCUCCUAAGGCCCAUGGUUUUCAUGAUGGGUGUAGAGUGGACAGAUUGUCCAAUGGUGGCUGAGAUGGUGGGAAUCAAGUUCUUCAUAAAUGAGUUUGUGGCUUAUCAGCAACUGUCUCAAUACAAGAACAAACGUCUCUCUGGAGUGGAGGAGUGGAUUGAGGGAGAGAAACAGUGGAUUUCUGUAAGUGACAAUCCAAAAAGCACAAACACCAUGAGGUCUCAGCCAUGGUUAUCUGAGGGUAGACAGAAAGUGCCAAACAGGUUUGUUGCAGACCUGCACAUGCCUUUCUGGGGUCGCAGGCCUAACUACAAAGCAAGCAGAACAGCAUACCUAGCAGCCUCAUCUGCAGUGCCUGAGCUAUUACGGGUCUGCAUGCUAUUUUCCCCCUCCCACCCCCACCACUGCCCCAACUCUGACCCGACUUCUCUCUAUAAUGUAAUUGCUGGGUCUUUACAGCUGGGGCAGUCCAGGGCAGAAACUAUCUUCCAAUGGUCUAAGGUCCUCUUCUCCAUUUAUAAGUUUAAAUUGCUCCAAAUUAAUAUCCUUUUUCUUUCCCUUUGCCUCUCUCCUCCUCCUUCACAAUCCUUCUCAUUCCCAGGCCUUCUCCUUAUUCAUAGCCUUCAACAAGUGUUGGGCAAUGAGGCCCAUGGUGGUUUCUAUGUCAUUAUCCCUAUAGUAACUCAGGGAACAGUUGUUUUCUGAGCAUCCUUUCAUGUUCCUUGGGAAACCAUGGAAAAGAUUGGGGGCCGUCAGUACUCUGGAACUUCUAUUGUGAUUAUAACACCGCACACAUGGGACUGAAUUUAUUUGCUUAUUUAUUUUUGUUU